ACAUGAGUUUGGUGAUUAGAAAUCUGCAGCGAGUCAUCCCCAUCAGGAGAGCGCCCCUUCGCAAGAAGGUCGAGAUCGUAAGGAGUAUUUUAGGAGUGCAGAAAUUUGACCUUGCAAUCAUCUGUGUUGACAACAAGAAUAUUCAGCACCUUAAUAGAAUCUACAGAGAGAAAAAUGUCCCAACCGAUGUGCUUUCUUUUCCAUUUCAUGAGAAUCUGACAGCAGGUGAAUUUCCACAGCCUGCUUUUCCAGAUGACUAUAAUUUGGGAGACAUUUUCCUGGGAGUGGAGUACAUCUUCCAGCAGUGCGAAGAAGGUGAAGAUUACAAUGACAUCCUGAUCGUGGCUGCCACCCACGGACUCUGUCACCUGCUGGGCUUCACACACAGCACGGAGGCAGAGUGGCAGAAGAUGCACCGGAAGGAGAAGCUGGCGUUGGACGAGCUGAACCGACGUGCGGGAACCAGGCUGCAGCCCCUGAGCAGGGCCCUUUUCUGAUGCCCGACGCUCUGGACAAGAGGACGGGCUGGGGACGGGCCCAGGCUGGGAGCUCAGCUGGCCAUCGCUGUCCUGUGGGCUGCGGAGGCAGCAGCCGGGUCGGGGCUAAACCCCUGAGUGGAGCACUGACGCACAACAAAUUCCCACUCCUUCCUCGGUGUAGGACACGAGAUGGUUUUAAAACUUGUAGAAUUGAGAGAACAUAUGAACCUCAUUCUCCUCUCUAGGCGUCUACUGAUCUGUCCUCGGAAUCCCAGGGCUCUGGUAAAGAGGCUCGUCUGGCCCACCUCUGCAGCCUGCUGGGGGGCACGGGCUGGAUCCCGCGGGAGGCGCUGCCCUGCUGGGCCCACCCCGCCCUCAGCUCUUUAACCUUGAGCCUUCUGCCUAGUGUUGAGGCCCAGGCUGCCCAGCCAGUGACCAGGCGGUCCGAAGACCAUCAACUCUUGCCACAUUUCUUCCCUCAACUAAAUAAUCAUGUUGAGAAAUAGAACCAAAGAGAAAAGCCAUG